AUGAAUAGGUGCGCGCGACCAGUAGUUAGGCUAGCUACAGCCAUCAGGCAUGCUUCACAGGGGACCCGGACAUAUGUUGACAGUAGCCUCGCCGAGAACGUCAAAACGGACCUUAAGAAUGUGAAAAAGAAUUCGAAGAAGCAGAAGCGUUCAAAGGUACCAAGAAAGAAUCCCAUUACCGGUGAACCAAUCGAACCACCGUCCGGCAAAGUCGAAAUCAAGGGACAUUCAGUGCUUCUAGGAGCGCGGUUACGUCGAAGUUUUCUCUAUGUACCAGCGCAUAAUGAAAGAUUCCUGGAGAAGGCGCUCAAAUCAGCCGCAGAUUGUAUCGUCUUCGAUCUAGAAGACGGCGUCGCUCCGUCAGAGAAAAAACAAGCCCGUAAAAAUCUUAAAAAUCUGUGGGAAAGGCUCGCUACCGAGGGAUAUAGAAUUGGAGAGAACCAAGGAGCUGACCUGUGUCUCCGAAUCAAUCAUGAAGGGUGGCUAGGCCCAAAGCAAUGGGAAGGCCCCUCAAAAACGAUACAAGCACCAUCUCUAGAAAUUGACCAAGAUUUGGAUCUCCUUGCGCUUCGAAGUGUCCUCAAACUAGGGGUUAAUGUGGUAGCACCCAAAGUUAACUUCCCUUACGAUAUUAGAAAUAUAAGAGAACUUGUUUUACAGAAACAAAAGGCAGUCGUGGACCCUAGUCGGCAGAUCAAAAGAUUGGAGAUGAUUCCGACAAUUGAAACUGCACUCGCUACCCUCAAUCUCGGACUCUUCCAUUCACACGCAAAACAAUUCUCGGCCAUGGUGUUCGCAUCAGAAGACUAUUGCGCAUCCAUGGGAAUUCCUCGGACACAAGAUCAUUCCAAUAUGCUAUUUGCUCGGAGUCAGCUAGUGCAUGUCUGCAAAGCAAGCAGAAAUACUCCCAUAGACAUGGUCUGCCAGGAUUUCAAAGAUCUGAGUAUACUGGAGAAGGAAUGCGAAGAAGGAGUGUAUUUAGGCUUCGAAGGCAAGCAAGCGAUACACCCGGACCAAAUCGAAACUAUCAACAGAAUAUUUUCUCCCAAAAUUCAAGAAGUCGAAUGGGCCAAGGCACUUUUGGAGGCCGUAGAGAAAAACAAAACAGAUGGUGCAUUCGAGUUUGAAGGCAAGAUGGUGGACCGACCAGUAUUCAGGAAAGCGGAGAAUAUUCUCGAGAUAUCCAACCGGAUCGAGAAAUUCGAAAAAGAUAAAUUUGUUACGAAGCUAGAAUUCUGA